AUGGCUAGCUUGACACAUGAUGACUACACAAUCGCGUGGAUAAGCGCCUUACCGUUGGAGAUGGCGGCGGCGAGUGUUAUGCUGGAUAAAACCCACAACCCCUUGCCCCAACCAGUCACAGAUCCUAACGCCUAUGUGCUUGGGGAGCUGAGUGGUCAUUGUAUUGUCAUGGCCUGCCUACCAACCUGCGUAUAUGGAACGAUAUCCGCUGCGACCGGCAUGUCUCACAUGAUUUCAACCUUUCCUCGGAUCCAGUUUGGUUUGAUGGUGGGAAUUGGAGGGGGCAAGCCUGUCGGAAAGUAUAGUGGGGUGAUUCAGUAUGACUAUGGCAAAGCAGUUCAAGGAGGACAAUUCGAGCCGACGGGUACCUUAAACAAACCACCACAGACUCUUUUAACGCAUAUGGCUUAUCUCGAGGCAACGCAAAUGACAAAAAGGGAUGAUGCUGUUGCCAAGAUAGUGUUGGAAGUACUGGAACAAAAUCCUGAUGUCAAUGGCAGACUUUUACCUCCCAAAUGGCCCACAGAUUAUCUUUUCCAUUCCUCCUAUCACCAUGCUGACAAGGAAAGUAAUUGUGAAAAAUGUGAUAAAGCGCACACACCUUAUAUCCACUAUGGGUUAAUUGCAUCGGGCGACCAGGUGAUGAAGGAUUCGGAAACACGAGACCGUCUAGCUCAACAGUAUGGGAUACUAUGCUUUGAGAUGGAAGCUGCCGGCCUUGUGGAAGGGCUUCCAACCCUUGUGAUCCGGGGGAUAUGCGACUAUUGCGACUCUCAUAAGCAGAAAGAGUGGCAAGGCUAUGCAGCUUUGACAGCAGCUGCCUAUACAAAAUUUCCGUUGUCAGUCAUACCUGUGUCCCGCUCGGAUUCGAGAUUGAGGAAGAAAGCCAAGAAGGCGCGUCACUGGAUGGUCCCACUGGCAAGAAAUCCGCGAUUUGUUGGACGCCAGGAUGAGAUUAGCAAACUGGAAGAAUUGAUCGCAAUGCAAGAUGGGCCUAGGAAGGUCGCGAUUACCGGUCUAGGUGGUGUCGGGAAGACUCAAGUGGCCCUAGAGCUAGCAUACCGCAUACGGGAUCGAGAUAAGGCAUGCUCGAUUUUUUGGCUCCCAUGUAUUAGCCAUGGGACAAUUGAGCAGGCAUAUCUAAACAUGGCACAGACGCUUGGUCUUCAAGAUGUGAAAACCACAGAUAUUAAAGAACAGAUCAAAAUAUACCUUAGUUCCGAGCGUGCUGGGAAGUGGCUUAUGGUUUUUGAUUAUGCAGAUGAUGUUGACAUGUGGCUGCCGGCUGGUGAUGCAGCUCCAAUUCUCGAGGAAUUGCUCCCUGAAAGUGAACAGGGUCGCAUUCUGUUCACCACUCGGAACCGGAAACUUGCAGUGGAUUUAACAUCAUCCAAUAUUAUUUUCGAGAAGUCAUUGGUACAGAACGGGUUGCUUGAAGAUUAUAUCACGACAGUUAGUCUCCUUGAGCAAUUGACGUUCCUCCCAUUGGCAAUCACAAAGGCGUCAGCAUACAUCAAUAAAAAUUGUCUAAGUCUGCCUACUUACCUUGCACUUCUACAAGAGCAGGAAUCGGAAGUAGUGGAUCUGUUAAGCGAAGACUUCAAAGAUCCAGGACGCUAUAAGGAUAUUCAGAACCCAAUCCAUCGUCAAGAUCAAUUAGCAGCCGACUAUCUUUCAUUCAUGGCUUGUACCAAUCCACGAAAUAUUCCGCAGUCACUUCUUCCUCCGCCAACUUCCAGGAACAUAAAAUUGAUGCAUAAAGACAUUAGCCUGCAUAGACUUGUGCAUAUUGCGACUCAGAAUUGGCUAAGAAAUAAUGCACUGUUCAGUCACUGGAUUAAAAGGGUGGCUGAUCAGAUGCAAAAGGUUUUCCCAGACGAUCACUAUAUUAAUCGAGCGCUUUGGCGAGAAUACCUCCCUCAUGCGUUAGCCCUUGCGUAUGAAGAUGAAUUCAUAAUACAACGGGAACAAUAUGUUGACUUGGUAGCGAAGAUUGCGGGUUGCCUGUCUAGUGACGGGAGAUAUCAUGAAGCAGAGGUACUAUAUAGCGACCUGCUAAAGAUUAAACAGGUGAAAGAUGGGCCUGAACAUCCCAACACUCUGACCAGCAUGGCAAACCUGGCAUCAACCUUUUUGAACCAGGGACGAUGGAAUGAAGCUGAGAAGCUUGAGUUGGAAGUAUUAGAGACAAGGAAAGCAGUACUCGUAGUGGAGAAAUCUAAGACAGAACGAUGGAGCGAAGCUGAUAAGAUUUUUAUGCAAGUAAUGGAGACAAGGAAGACAGUAUUGGGGGCUGAGCACCCUGACACUCUUACCAUCAUGGCGAGCCUUGCCUAUACCCGGAAAUCCCAAGGGAAGCUUCAGGAUGCCUCUGCUCUAAUGGCAAAAUGCUCUGAGCUGCGCAUCAAAGUAUUGGGACCUGAUCACCCGGAUUCAAAGUCCUCCACUAGCGCUCUGGGUAACUGGAAGGAUAUGAACAACUCAUUGCCAAAUAAGAUUACCCAAGCAGCGCCCAGUCAGAUAGAACUUUCGCAAUAUCAGCACGAAGUUUCAGCGGGGCAUACAAUAGCUGCUGUGGUCGCUCCGGCGCUCCAUGAAGAGCAUAACAAACCAUCUUAUAUGCGGACACGACCAGCUGCAGAACUAUCUCUUAGAAACCAUCCUCUUAUAAUGGCAUGCAGGAGAACCUCACCCGCGACGGGAGGUCAGGAUUUACGAGAAGUCGAUUGA